UACUGUUCAGAGACGGAUUCCGAAGCAGCAUCUUCAGGUGUUACUUGAACACAGCUCCUUCACUCCCUGUGUCCUUCCAUCUGUCAUCAGCAAUAUAGUUCUCGGUUUCCAGUCACCAGCUAUAACACUACUAUGUAGCAGAAUGCAAGACAUUAAAUCUGCUCCCACCAUUGGUAGGAGUGUUUGCUAGAGGUCACAGGUCGCUGCUAGCCAAUGAGAGCCCACGUGUGUAAGUCUGUGAGCUAGUGUCAGUAUUGCGAGAGUAUCCCUCAGCAUGUGUACUGCUGUCUACCUGAGCCCCCACAACUGAAGUGAGCAACAGUUGCACUACAUCAGUGGAGUACUGCCAUUCGUGAAUGUUUCAAGGAUUAUGUCCGUUCUUGGAGAGCAUCCCUUGAUGGAAGGCGGCCCUCCCCCCCUGGUGCCAGGGCUGUGGCGCCCAGCCCUGUGGUGCACCCCCACCCCACGGGUCCCUGAGUUGCCAGUGUAUCCCCAACCACGCUCGAUGACUCACCUGCUGAGUGAUUACAUAGCCACCUCCAACUCCUCUUCUCCUCUGUGGUACCCCUGGUAUUUUAAAGGUGAAUCCCUAUACAAGAGAAACUCCCCACUGGACGACCGGGAGUCGCCCAGCAAAGAGUUGCCGUCAAAGUUGCUCAAACACGAUCGAGUGAAAGAACGCCAGGAUCUCUGUCACACUCUCAACUUUGACAAAGAUCAUGCUGCACGUCUCAACUCCAAAAAGUCAGCAGGAACACAAACGCAAUUUACAAGUUUUAAUGGGGACAGCUAUCCAUACUACCCAUGUGAGACAGUUCCUGCCGACUCCUCGUACAACCUGCGGACGCUGUACCCCCCUCCCCCACCCCCGCCACCACCUCCUUCUCACCCUAGUCACGACCAACAUCCCAGUAUACCCAGCCAUCCACCCGAGCUCCCCUCCCCCGACAUCCAGAACGCACCCUUAAAUCUGUCACUCUCAUGUGGUGGCUCCCCGCCACCUCAUCGUCCGCAGCUACGUCCGUCGGUCAUCACAUGUGCGACGGCGUCAUCGCCAGGCAGUAGUUCCUCACAGCGGUAUGGCCAUUGUUCGAGCCCGGAGGAGCAGUCAUCACCGCCAUCUAACAUACCAGCAGCAGUAGUGACAGAUCCAGCCAUUGAGGAACACUUCCGCAGAUCCUUGGGCCACAACUACAAAGAUUCUAUCCAGACCAAAACAACAACCACAACUGUCGCUGCUGCCACUGCAGUGCAUGCUAACGUCUCCAUCACAGGCUCAGUUGACGAUCACUUUGCCAAGUCGCUGGGAGACACAACGUGGACGGCCAUAAAAGCCAAGUCGGACCCAGUCAAGGACAUGUUUGCCGGCUCAGUUGAUGACCACUUUGCUAAGGCAUUAGGCGACACAUGGUUAAGAAUAAAAGCCGAGAAAGAGAGCAACUGUCACGGAUCAUCUUGUUCCUCGCCAUCUGGGUCUCCCCCACACGCCUCCAUAGUGACCACAUAGACGCAGCAGCAACUGCUCAGGUGGUUAUAGUGCAAGGGAGGCAACUCCAAAAACUCUCAACUCCUUGCAGCUGUGCCAUGUAAGGGAGAUAACUCUGUGCCAUGUGUUGGCCGGCCACCUAUCAUACCAAAGAGGCAGGGAUAUGCCAUGACACUCGCUGUGGUUUAGCACACUUGUGCUUACAAGUUCCAUUGAUUGCAAGCGUCUUUAUGGAUGUGUUGUCUUGUCACACGGCCCUGUGAAGCCCAUGGUUCACACACAAGACAAUGACGAUGUGGUUGAUGUUUACGAUUUUGAAAUGGCAAUCAGUGUGUACAUAUGGAAGAAGAUAUUGUAUGUAUGUAACGUUUAUGAUGGAUUUCAUGAGAUUCCCAUGUCGUGACAUGAAGGUGGCAAGCCACCACUAUUUAUGAAGGAAAACACUGUGGACUGAUUAAUCAGUCUUUUUCAGUUUUGUGUCUCAGUCGGCUGGUGAAGCUGACGUUCAUUGAUUAUAAAAAAAAAAAUAUUUAACUGUUAUAUAUGAAGAAUAUAACUUUCAGAUAAUACAUUCAUAUAUUUGACUAUUGUUAAAAUGAUUUAUUGUAUUGAGUAAUUGACGGACAUGUUGGCCAUGCCUGCCCAAGGCCAGGUCACUGUUCAUGUCUAUUACUGUUUAUUCAUGACACUUCUAAGGUUAUCAACAGGAGGAAUGGACUGAACAUUUCCUAUGCAGGCCAGCGAAGGAGGAAUAUUAGGGCAUAAAACAAUUUUCUCAUGGCUUAUUGUUAUGUAUUGUGGUACAUGUUGUAAUGACGGGCUGAGCUCGGCAAGUUGGCAAUCGUAGCGUGUCUGAAUUUGAUCAUACACAAGAACACUACUCUCAUCUGACAAACUCAUGUUUUGUCAUCUAGACCAGUUUAACAGUAACUGACUGGGCACCCAACCACGAACCUCUUUAUUUCUGCAAAGAUGGGUUAUGACACUGUCAGUGAUGGUGUUGUGACACUGUUGGUUAUGGUGGUGUGACACUGUCGGUGAUGGUGUUGUGACACUGUCUGUGAUGGGGUUAUGACACUGUCGGUGAUGGGGUUGUGACACUGUCAACAAUGGGGUUAUGACACUGUCUGUGAUGGUGUUGUGACACUGUCUGUGAUGGGGUUGUGACACUGUCAACAAUGGGGUUAUGACACUCUCAGUGAUUGGGUUAUGACACUCUCAGUGAUGUCAUGACACUGUCGGUGAUGGUGUUAUGACACUGUCGGUGAUGGUGUUGUGACACUGUCAAUAAUGGGAUUGUGACACUGUCAAGGAUGGAGUUAUGACACUGUCAGUGAUGGGGUUGUGACACUGUCAACGAUAGGGUUAUGACACUGUCAAUGAUGGGGUUAUGACACUGUAAAAUAUUGGGUUAUGACACUCAGUGAUGUCAUGACACUGUCAAGAUGUCAUAACACUGUCAAUUAUGGGGUUACGACACUCUCGAUGAUGUUAUGACACUGUCUAUGAUAGGGUUAUGACGCUGUCUAUGAUGGGGUUGUGACACUCUCAGUGAUGUCAUGACACUGUCUAUGAUGGCGUUACGACACUGUCCCGGACACACACUCAUGCAACCUCAGUGUCAAGAUCACAGGACACAAAAUGUGCAAUUUACAACUGACACCUCAGAACAUUAGAAACAUUUCCUCAAAUCAUGUAUAUAUGUCUUCGUUAUUAUUAAAUAUAUUCUCACUGAUUGAUAAUACUUGUCUAUUUGUCUGAACAGAGAGAACAAAAAUAAACAUGUCUUACCAUUACAGUUGUACAUCCAAAUAACAAUUUGUCUUAAAACAAGAGACUGGGGACAGCUAGGAGGAGUGGGGUUAACUAGGGACAGCUAGGAGGAGUGGGGUUAACGGGAGACAGCUAGGAGGAGUGGUGUUAACUGGGACAGCUAGGAGGAGUGGAGUUAACUGGGGACAGCUAGGAGGAGUGGAGUUAACUGGGGACAGCUAGGAGGAGUGGGGUUAACUGGGGACAGCUAGGAUGAGUGGGGUUAACGGGAGACAGCUAGGAGGAGUGGGGUUAACUGGGGACAGCUAGGAGGAGUGGGGUUAACGGGAGACAGCUAGGAGGAGUGGAGUUAACUGGGGACAGCUAGGAGGAGUGGGGUUAACUGGGGACAGCUAGGAGGAGUGGGGUUAACGGGAGACAGCUAGGAGGAGUGGUGUUAACUGGGACAGCUAGGAGGAGUGGAGUUAACUGGGGACAGCUAGGAGGAGUGGGGUUAACUGGGGACAGCUAGGAGGAGUGGAGUUAACUGGGGACAGCUAGGAGGAGUGGGGUUAACUGGGGACAGCUAGGAGGAGUGGGGUUAACUGGGACAGCUAGGAGGAGUGGGGUUAACUGGGGACAGCUAGGAGGAGUGGGGUUAACUGGGACAGCUAGGAGGAGUGGGGUUAACUGGGGACAGCUAGGAGGAGUGGGGUUAACUGGGGACAGCUAGGAGGAGUGGGGUUAACUGGGGACAGCUAGGAGGAGUGGGGUUAACUGGGGACAGCUAGGAGGAGUGGAUUUAACUGGGACAUCUAGGAAUGGCAUUAACCGGGACAGCUAGGAGGAGUGGGGUUAACUGGGGACAGCUAGGAGGAGUGGGGUUAACCGGGACAGCUAGGAGGAGUGGGGUUAACUGGGACAGCUAGGAGGAGUGGGGUUAACUGGGGACAGCUAGAAGUGAAGUUAACUGGGACAGCUAGGAGGAGUGGGGUUAACCGGGACAGCUAGGAGGAGUGGGGUUAACUGGGACAGCUAGGAGGAGUGGGGUUAACUGGGACAGCUAGGAGGAGUGGGGUUAACUGGGACAGCUAGAAGUGAAGUUAACUGGGACAGCUAGGAGGAGUGGGGUUAACCGGGACAGCUAGAAGUGAAGUUAACUGGGACAUCUAGGAGGAGUGGUGUUAACUGGGACAUCUAGGAAUGGCGUUAACCGGGACAGCUAGGAGGAGUGGAGUUAACUGGGACAGCUAGGAGGAGUGGAGUUAACUGGGGAAAGCUAGGAGGUGUGGAUGCCUAGCUGCACAUUGCGGUAUUGGAAGUAGAAAUGCAUACAUCCUUUAGAUUAUCAUUUUGAGAUGUAAAUGAUAUACAUGUAUUCAAAUUUCAAUUAUUUUUUGUGAAAUUUAUAUACAAGAUGAAUAUACUUAACAACUUUUAAGGAGACAUUUAUACUGGUACAACACUUUUAUAGUGGUACAACGCUUUAGAGACAGCUGCGAAGAGAAAUAAAAUAUGUACAAAUAUUAAAUUUGACAUGAAGCAGAAGAUGUGUCGUGACAACAUUGCAUACAAUUUGCAUGACAUCUUCAAGCAACAUUCAGACCUGAAAUAGUAGAACUACUGUAUUCCACAUAAUAAGCACCCACGACGAUAUUUGCUAAUAUAUUGGCUAGUGAACAAUCCCAAUUAGCACCCCAUCUGAUUGAUCAAUGUACACAAGACUUAUUUAUUCGUGUAUAAUACACACUCGUGUGUUAUAUGCAUCCU